AUGAAUCAAAUACUGUAUAGAAGAACAUAUAACGCCGCCGCCGCUGCCGCCGCCAAAUCCCCACACAUUCGCUCUGGCACAACACGCAUCAGUACAACAACUACCCCCAAUCCCAAUACGACUAGCAGCUCCAAGCCUGGCACGGGUAAUGCGGAUAGGAAACACAUUGUGAUAUGCGAACCCUCGCCAACAUUUCGGGGACAAGCUGGUGGGCCAAAACGUGUUGGAACCGGUCAGGUUCGCACUCGGUCUACCGGUUCGUUUCCCAAGAAGUCCGCUCUUAAAGUGAGCCAAUCACAAGAUCAAUACCAUCCACCGAGAACCGGUCGAUCACGCCAAUUGGAUCGAUCAUAUCUGUCAGGUCAAAUCAAGUCACUAUUCCAUUUUACCCGAUUACAUACGGGGACACAAUCGGCAAACGUGAAGCAGUUACGCUCAGAUCACCGCACUGCUCGUUCGUCCGCAUCACAAACGGCAUUACCAGCCCAAACACCGGAGACUUAUGAUUCCGAAGUGGACGCUUACAGCCGUUUUCUAUUCCCUGCCUGUUUUGUACUGUUCAACUGCUGCUACUGGCUUUUCUAUAUGAUUAUCGCGGACGAUCACCCACCAGAACCCUCGUGA